ACUCCGAGAGGAAGCCUGAAGCGGACGCAAGACGCCGAACAGGUCCAUCUGUGUUUCUCUCUCUUCCUCUGUGCUACACGCCGAAGAACAGGAUCCUACACGCUGAUCUCAUCAGUUGGAUUCAGCGUGACGUGAUGAUGCCUGUCUAGACGCCUGCCAUUAGCAUCACCAGACUGUCCAGGUGUUUGUCCCACUGAGAGACUCUUCAGGGUCCUGAAGCCUCCUCCUAAAUACGCCACCAAUCAUCGCUGGAGUACCACCACCUAGACAGGAGUAAGGAGUGACCCCCUGAUUCAGAUGGCAGACGGUCGGCAGCCUGAGGACAGUGGCCCCCAGUGGUCAUCUCCAGGAGCCCAGGGCUCAUCCUCCCCAGGUGGGCAUGGAGAGAACGGCUUCUCUUCUACCUACAGGACUUGCCAGCCUGGCGGUGCCCAUGCUGGUUCUGCCACUUCCUACGCCAAAGAGAACGGCUUCAACGGAGACCUCACCUCUGGACACGCUGUGACUGCUGAGCAAGUAUCAGCACGGAUCGUGCAGGAGGUUACGGCCGAAGCAGUAGCGGUACUGAAGGGAGAGCAGGAGCUGCAUCCGGACACUGCCGUCAGGCUGCCAUCAGUGGAGGACUCUGCAAACCUGCCACCCUCACCUCCUCCGUCCCCAGCAGCAGAGCAUUUUGGGCCUUUGGAUCAAGAAGAGGAGACCAUAGAGAGUCUCUCAGCUGCGGAGGAGGAAGAGGAGGAGAAUUCAGAAGCCGCAGCAACAGCAGCAGCUCUAGAGGAAGAGGAGGAGGAGGAGCAGUGGAGUGGGGAGGAGCCUGAGCAGGAACCUCCAUCUGAGCUCCUAGAGCGGGCAGAGGUUAUAGGCUCUGCCCAGGCUCUGCCCAGCCUGCAGGCUGAGGUUCACACACAGGCAGCUACUGUUGCCAACGAGGCCCCUAAUGGGGGAGCUGAGGAGGCAGGGGGGCAAGAAAGCCCUGCAGAAGCUCUGAAGAUGGAAGCAGAGCGACUAGACAGUGAGAGGACAGAUCCCAUUGGCAUGGACUUCACUGAAUCUGCAGUGCAUCUAGAUGAUGAUCUCCCAUCUUACCAGAGCCUUGUCAGAGACACAGAUAUGCUGGAAAGCCCCUUUGCUCGAACAUGCCCCAUGGAGGAUUUUGAUCUCCCUCCAAGUUACCAGGGUCAUGCCAAAGAACCUUGCGAGACUCCAACUGAAAAGCCUGAUGGACAAAGUGAUGCUGUGAAUCAGCCAUCAACCGAAACGUGUGACUCCAGCAAUAUCCUUGAGGUAAAAUCAGGGCAGAUUCAAGACAAAGAAAUGGAAAUAUCAACAGAUGGGGACAUGAAGAACAAAUCUGGCAUGUCUGCUUAUUUUGAGACCACUACAAUUAAGACAGAUGCCUCCGGGUCUCAAGGAGAAGGGUAUUAUGAGCUGAGUACUACAUCAGAAGAACAAAAGGACUCUAUUGGUAACCUACCACUUCCUGAAAUCAGCUACAGCACCUUGGCUCAAGCACAGUCUUUGGAAGUCCAACCAGAUCUUCCGAAAAGUAGCACAGACACACUACACCCCACAUCACCUGUAGACAGAAGAGAUGACUGCAGACUCUCUCCUGGAAAACUGGCUCUAGAGCAACGAAGUUACUCUUUAAAUAUCACCAUUGGGGCAAUGGAUCAUGGUGAUGCCCAAGGGCAUCCAAGAAACUUCUCUCCGUUAGCCACUGACAUCAUGUCUCAUACUAGUGGGAGCCUUGAUGAAUCUGCUGAUUAUCUUCCUGUCACCACUCCCUCAGUAGAGAAGCUCCCUCAGUUUCCACCACUGAUCCUGGAGACAACUGUCUCUGCCACAGCUCCAUCAUUUUCACCUCCCCAGACAACAGUCACUGAUGUAAAGACAAGUCCACAGACGGAGUCUCCAGAAUCACCUGUCCAAGCUAAGAGCUGUUACAAGAACGGCACUGUCAUGGCCCCAGACCUGCCUGAAAUGCUGGACUUGGCAGGUACCCGAUCAAGGUUGACGUCUGACAACACAGACCCAGAGAUUAUGAGGAGGAAGUCUGUCCCAAUGGACAUGUCUUCUCUAGUAAGUGAUUCUUUAGCACAUUUGCUCAAAGGUGACCAGGGCCAGAUGGCUACAAAGAGAGAAAUGCAGUUGGAGGAGCAAGGAUAUUGUGUCUUCAGUGAAUACUCUGGUCCCAUGCCAUCGCCUGCGGAUGUGCACAGUCCAAUGGACUCUUCUUCUCAAAUAUUCAACACUGUGAUAUCAGAGGAGAAGGAAACUGGUCUGGUUGCAUUUAGACAACAGGAGUGUCUAUCAACUGAAGAUCUGAAAGCAACAGAAGUUGUUACACCACAGGCAAAACCAGAAGAAGAAAAGCCAAGGAAUGAAGAUUCUUUUGAAAUCGAAAUUGUACCUUCUGAAAAACCUUCUAGAGAGACCAAUCAAGAGGAAUCUGAUCUGUUGAAUACUGAACCUUUGGAAGAAACCAAGAGUCCAACUUUACCUGAUAAUGAGAAAGGACAGUUAGACAAACAAGCUGAAACCUUUAUCACACCAAAGGUGACGGUUACUCUUGAGGAAGCAAAGCCUGAUUUUGAUGCAGGUUCCAAACUUUCAGCUGAAACCGAAGCUGAAAUAGCUGACUAUGAGAGGCAAAUUCGCAAAUUGGAGAUGGAGGACCGACCUUUGAGUGUAGAGGAGGAGCGGGAGCUCCAGGAACUCAGGGAGAAGGUGAAGAAUAAACCAGACCUUGUACAUCAGGAAGCUUAUGAAGAAGUGGAUGCAGAGGAUGUCUACCAACUCACUGGAGCUGCAAAGGACAGAAUUGCUCGGCCCAUCAGACCAUCCCCAGCAUCUUCUGUAGAAAGUGCUACUGACGAGGAGAAAAUGCAUGUUGGUGACACUGAAAAACCUAGAUCACCAUGUGAGAAAGAGGCUCUUAAAACAGAUCCUAAUAGAUUAUCUCCCGUUGGGUCUUUUGAGAAAUAUUUUAGAGAGGAGAGACCGUCUGAGCAGGAGGUAAAGCAGAAAGACUCAGUGCAGCCCCUCAAAAAGAAUGUUGCCGAGGAGAAACCUCAGCCAGCUCCUUCAAAGACAGACGAGGCUCCUCUUGAUGCCACGGUGACUCAAAAAGUAGAGGAAGAGGUAGAGCUUGCUGAGGAGCCUGAUGAGGUCAUGCCAGAGCCAAAGCCAGCUCUUAAUGUGGAAGAGAAGCUGGUGGCAGAUAAAACUGAACCAGAUGAGGUUGUGGACGAAAACGAGGAGGAAAAAGUGGUUGAGAAAGAAGAAGAGGAAGACGAGGAGGUCUUGGAAGGGGCCAAAGCUGCAGAAGACACUGUUGAGCCUAAAGCUGCGAUUGAGUCAGUAGUAACAGUGGAAGAUGAUUUUAUUACAGUAGUGCAGACCAUUGAUGAGAGCGAAGUCUCUGGACACAGUGUACGCUUCUCAGCUCCCUCUGAGGAGCAACAUCCACAGCUCCUCCAAGAGGAGGAAGAGGAGGAGGGGGCUGUGGAAAUGGCACAGGAAGUAGAGAUGGAGGCUCCCAGUUUGGAGGAAGUCGUAGAUGUUCCAGAACCUGUUGAGCCUCCUGUAUGUCCAGCUAAAGAGAUAGAAGUACCAGAGAGUGAGGCCCCAACUCAAAGCUAUGAUGACUACAAAGAUGAAACUACCAUCGAUGACUCCAUCUUAGACAGCUCCUGGGUGGAUACUCAAGAUGAUGAUAAGAGCAUGGCCACAGAGAAAAUUGAGCCUUUACCCAGAGUGAUGAGCCCUGUCAAGAAACCAGCGAAACAGAGGGCUAAAGGCGGCAGGGCCAAAGGAAGAAUCACCACCCCUGAACGCAAACCUGUUCGCAAGGAGCCAGUACCCAUCCAGAAGGAUGAGAUGAAGAAGAAAAAAGCUGUGAUUAAGAAGGCUGAGCUCACAAAAAAAUAUGAUAUUCAGACGUGCUCUCCUUCCCGGAAGAGUGUUUUAAAAUCUACCGUAAGGCACCCUAGACCUACCCAACAUCACGCGUGUGUUAAGCGGAAACCCACAGUGUCUGCAGAUGGUCGACUGCCCUUCAGUGUGGCCAGGCACUCUAGAGACUGGGCAUCUACCUCCAAUCCCACAACACUAACAAAGAUCCCCACCUCUAAAAUUCGGGCAGAGGCUUUGCUGCCGGCCCGGCCGAACUCGGCCAGCUCCUCCAAUAAAAGGAGCCCGUUGGUGGAGGCAGAUCUUUAUGAGCCCCGCCCUUCUUCAGCAGGCCCACAAGUAUUGCUAAAUGUAUAUGCUGUAAAGGAUGGUGGUUCUCGGAGCCCAGAGAAGAGGUCGUCCCUUCCACGGCCAGCAUCCAUACUAACCCGCCGCCCACACAUGGCUGAUCAUGAGGAGAGUUCCACUUCCAUUACCAGCUCUGGGUCCACAGCACCACGCAGGCCCACAUCUUUCCGUACUGAAGUCAAAGCACAGCACAGGACAGGCAGGUCUCAUAGUAUGACAGGCGCAGAGACUACUCGGUCCCGCUCGGCCCGCAGUGGCACCUCUACACCCCGCACGCCCAUGUCCACGGCCAUCACCCCUGGAACCCCUCCCAGCUACUCCUGCCGUACUCCAGGCACCCCCCACACACCGGGCACCCCCAAAUCUCUCAGCCUGCUAUCCCAGGAAAAGAAAGUGGCCAUCAUCCGAACGCCUCCAAAAUCCCCGGCGACUACACCCAAACAGCUGCGCGUCAUUAACCAGCCACUGCCUGACCUCAAGAACGUCAAAUCCAAGAUCCGUUCUAUUGACAACAUCAAGUACCAGCCCAAGGGGGGCCAGGCAAGUCCAAAUGCUCAUGAUUCGUCCUGAUUUCACCUCAGCUUCCACUCGCUUUUCCCAUCCCCAUCUGUCUUUCUUGCUGUUGUUAUGCACCUUCAGGGACGAUUCUGUCCCUUGUGGGCACAUUGUCCUUUCAAGUGUGCUUUACUAUGUC